AUGGUCAAAGAACCUGAAGAAGGCCUGAAGAGCGAUCCGCCUUGCCAUCCCCAAGCAUGUGCUAUUCAAGACUGCAUCCAGAAGAACAACUACAAAGAGGACAAGUGCCAAAAGCAAAUCGAUGCUCUGUAUGAGUGCUGCAAUCUGUUCUAUCAGAAGAACGGAGACGACGCGUCCACAGUGAGCUGUCCAAAGGCAAAUCUGCUGAGACUCAAGAUGAAGCAGCGAGCAGACGGCGUCAAAUAG